CCUAAUUUACACCUUCGUCUUCCUUCCGCACCAGCAGCAGAACGCGGUUCGCAAACUCGGGGAGCUCCAAUGGGGAUCGAUCUCGUCGCAGGAGGUAAGAGCAAGAAGACCAAGAGGACUGCGCCCAAAUCAGAUGAUAUCUACCUCAAGUUACUCGUCAAGCUUUACCGCUUCCUUGUUCGCCGCACUGGAAGCAAAUUCAAUGCGGUCAUUCUCAAGCGUUUGUUUAUGAGCAGGGUUAACAAGCCUCCACUUUCACUCUCUAGACUUAUCCAGUUUACAAAAGGAAAGGAAAGCAAGAUUGCCGUCGUUGUUGGUACUAUUACCGAUGAUAUUCGUGUCUAUGAAGUUCCAGCAUUGAAAGUUGCUGCUCUGAGGUUUACUGAGACAGCAAGGGCAAGGAUUGAGAAGGCUGGUGGGGAGUGUUUGACAUUUGACCAGCUUGCUUUGAGGGCUCCUCUGGGUCAGAAUACGGUUCUCCUUAGAGGUUCCAAGAAUUCCCGAGAGGCUGUGAAGCAUUUCGGUCCUGCACCGGGUGUACCGCACAGUCACACCAAACCAUAUGUGAGGUCCAAGGGAAGAAAGUUUGAGAGGGCUAGAGGAAAGAGAAACAGCAGGGGUUUUAGGGUUUAAUUUGAACUUAUCUUUUCAAACUAAUGCAAUGCACAUGCGGGUGUGUUAUUUCAAACUCGAUAUCCAAAUUUUGCUAGAUUUUAGUUUGCAUGUCAGUUGUUGUUCCAUCACCGAUGCCUGUUUUGCCUUAAUAUUGUGUUGAUUAUGAAUUGAUUGAUUUAAAGCUAUUCAACGAGACUCAAUAGUUUAUUUUGCUA